AUAUCAAUAUGUCUAGUGAUGAUGGAAAACUCUUUGUUGGUGGUCUGAGCUUCGAGACCGAUGAACAGAACUUAGAGCAAGUCUUUAGCAAAUAUGGCCAGGUUUCAGAAGUGGUUGUGGUGAAAGAUCGUGAAACAAAGAGGUCCAGGGGCUUUGGCUUUGUCACCUAUGAGAAUCCUGAUGAUGCAAAGGAUGCAAUGAUGGCAAUGAAUGGAAAGUCUGUUGAUGGACGUCAGAUUCGUGUUGACCAGGCAGGUAAAUCCUCAGGAGACCGAAGAGGAGGCUACAGAGGUGGAUCAUCUGGUGGCAGAGGAUUUUUCCGUGGUGGAAGAGGACGUGGUGGUGGAGACAGGGGAUAUGGUGGCAGUAGCCGCUUUGACAACAGAAGUGGUGGAGGAUAUGGUGGUAGUGGUGGAUCCAGGGAUUACUAUGGCAGUGGCAGGAGUCAAGGUAGCUAUGGUGAUCGCUCAGGAGGCUCUUACAGGGACAGCUAUGACAGUUAUGCUACACACAACGAGUAAAAAUUCCUUCCUGACUCAAGAUCGUCCUUCCAAUGGCUGUAUUUAUAAAGAUUUUUGGAGCUUCGCAGAAUCGUUAAUAUGUAGUUGCAUCUACUUGUGUUCACUUUUAUUAACCGUUCAUUUUGGUUAACCUGACAGCUUGUGUUAAAUGUGGAACAGCUGUGUCCAAAACUGUUCAAUGGACACUUAUUAAUUUUGUUGCUUUACUUUAUUUUUUAAACAAAGUU